GUGGGCGAGGCUCUGCGGGGCGGCGGGCGGCGGCGAGUGCUCGGCUGGCAGGACGCCUGCGAGCCCGCACGGCCGGGCGCUGCUGCCCCUGCCUUCCGCCCGGUCGCGCCGGACGUUACGCUCUGAGGUGUUUCUCGGUACUCGCCGGGCUUCCCAGCACGGACGGUGGAAAAGUUGUUGCGGGCUGAACGCGCUCCCUGAGAGCCUCGCUGGUGGUCCGUCCAGCUGUUGGUGUAGCUCGUCACCCCAGCAGGUUGUGGAAAUGCUGGGGAGAAAAGUGCCCAUCAGAUGAGCGUGCUCGGCGACCAGUCUUUCCCGAAGGCGAUGGCAGGGACCCAAACAAGCCGGGUUUGGUUGCUAGCUGCAGACUGAGAGAAGCAGGCUGAGGGCUGCCUGGCAGGAUGGAUCCCUGUGGAGACCCGGCAGUGCCUGGUGGCGACAGUCCCCACACUAGGGGACCGGGGCUCCGCGGGGCGUCUGGCCCGGAGGGUCCGCUGCAGGGCACUUGCGUGGACAGCAGCCACAGUGAACAUGAAGACCGAAACAGAAUGUCUGAAGACCUUAUAAUGGUUGUCCAAGAAAUGAAAAAGUAUUUUCCAGCUGAGAGACACACUAAACCCAGCACCCUAGAUGCCCUUAACUAUGCCCUGCGCUGUGUGCAUAGUGUGCAAGCAAGCAGUGAAUUUUUCCAGAGUCUCAGCCCACGUGGAGCACACCAGGCAGAUGUGACGGUAUACAGUCUGGAGGACCUGACCUCUCUGGCUUCUGAACAUACUUCCAAGAACACAGACACCUUUGUGGCUGUGUUUUCGUUUCUGUCUGGAAAGUUGGUGCACAUAUCCGAGCAAGCUGCUUUGAUCCUGAAUUCUAAGAAAGGUUUCCUCAAAAGUUUGCACUUCGUUGACCUGCUUGCCCCUCAAGACGUGAGGGUGUUCUACGCGCACACUGCUCCGAAACAGCUUCCUUUCUGGGACAACUGGACCCAAAGAGCCUCACAGUAUGAAUGUGCACCAGUGAAACCCUUUUUCUGCAGAAUCUGUGGAGGUGGAGACAGAGCGCAGAAGAGGCUUUACUCCCCAUUCCGGAUCCUCCCCUAUUUGGUUCAUGUACAGAGCUCCGACCAGCCAGAACCAGAGCCUUGCUGCCUGACACUGGUUGAGAAGAUUCACUCUGGCUACGAAGCUCCUCGAAUCCCUGUAGAUAAAAGAAUUUUUACCACAACACACACGCCAGGAUGUGUGUUUCUUGAAGUAGACGAAAGAGCAGUGCCUUUGCUGGGUUACCUACCUCAGGAUCUGAUUGGAACAUCGAUCUUAACGCACUUGCACCCCGAAGACCGGCCUCUGAUGGUUGCCAUACACCAAAAAGUUUUAAAAUACGCUGGCCACCCUCCAUUUGAACACUCACCCGUCAGAUUCUGCACUCAGAACGGAGAUUACAUCAUCCUGGAUUCCAGCUGGUCCAGCUUUGUGAACCCCUGGAGCCGGAAGGUGUCCUUCAUCAUUGGUCGCCAUAAAGUCCGAACGAGUCCAUUAAACGAAGAUGUUUUUGCCACCAGAAUAAAAAAGGCAACCAAUAACGACAAAGGCAUAGCAGAGUUACAAGAACAAAUUCACAGACUUCUCUUGCAGCCGGUUCAUGCUAGUGCUUCCAGUGGCUACGGGAGCCUGGGCAGCAGCGGCUCACAGGAGCAGCACAUCAGCAUCACAUCUUCGAGUGAGUCAAGUGGACACUGUGCGGAGGAAGUCCAGCAGGAGCAGAUGACCCUGCAGCAGGUCUAUGCCAGUGUGAACAAAAUUAAGAAUGUGGGCCAGCAGCUGUACAUUGAGUCCAUGGCCAGAUCAUCAGUGAAGCCCGUGAUGGAGACAUGCAUGGAACCCCAGGGUGGCGAUGAGCAGAAAGACUUUUCUUUCCCUCAGACACCGAAAAAUAAAAGCACCACGGAUACCGGCUCCGGGGGCGAUCUACAGCAAGAGCAGCACAGCUCAUCCUAUCAGCAGAUGAACUGUAUCGACAGUGUCAUCAGGUACCUGACAAGCUACAGCCUCCCAGCCUUGAAAAGAAAGUGCAUCUCCUGCACAAACACGUCUUCGUCCUCAGAAGAAGCCAAGCCAAACCCGGAGGCGGACAGCAGCCUGCGAGACACUGAACAGCUCCUGGACAUACCGAAACAGGAAACAGCCGUACCAUCCACAGACGCCGGAGGAGGCGCCGCACAGACCCUGUCCACCAGCGCGCUGAGCCAGUGCAGCUGCAGCAGCACUGACCGGGUCCCUCCGCCGCGGUCAGAAAGUGUUGCUGCAGCGUGUAAGCCCUGGGCCCUGAGAACGAAGGCCUCUCACCUGAUGGCAGGAGGAUUUAAGCACGUGGGGCUCACAGCAGCUGCCCUCUCCGCACACACACAGAAGGAAGAGCGGAACUAUGUGGACAGAUUCCGGGAAAAGAUCCUGACCUCACCCUACGGUUGCUAUCUUCAGCAAGAAAGCAGAAACCACACUAAGUACUCCGGUGUAGAAGCAGGGUCCCCCUCUGAGCACAGCAGAUGUGCUGGAAGGGGGAGACAGAAGCACAAACGGAAGAAAUUGCCGACGCCUGUGGAGACCAGCCGCUCCGGUGCCCACCUCUGUCCCCACGUCAGAGGCCUCCUUCCAGUUGAACAGCACUGGAGCCCUUCCGUUAUCUCCUCUCCCCGGGGUGAAGGCCUAGCUUUCCCCUCAGCCCUGGUAGCUCCCAGCCAGGCCCCUUACCUCCUUCCCUCUUUUCCCCUCCAAGGUACUGCCUCUCAGGGAGGAGGGCACUCCACAGCUGGGUGUCCACCUCUGUCCACUGGCCCUCAGGCUGUUCCCGCCUUCCCUUCUGCUAUCUUGGAUACGUUGAUGGCCAUCUUCCUGCACAGUGCCCCUGUCUUCCCUCUCUGGCCAGCAUCCUUCUCUCCAUACCCAUCCCUGGGGGCCGCAGCUUCUCCUCAAAUGGCACCCUUAGUACCAGCAGCGGCUCCAAACCUGGAACCAGCCUCUUCAGACCACGGCCAAAGGAGCGUGGAGGAGAACUGGGAGACACACGGUGAAGAGUUUCCAUUCAUUAGCUCACGGAGCAGUUCACCACUGCAGUUAAAUUUACUCCAGGAAGAAAUGCCUGCCCCGUCAGAGUCCGCAGAUGCUGUGAGAAGAGGCGCUGCUCCAAACCCUAAGCAUCGCUGUGUCACAGGUCACAAUGACAGUAGGAGCCAUCUCUGUGCCCCUGGGGAGCUGGCUACAGCAACAGUGCAGCAAGAGUCCCCAUCUGCAGCUGCCUCGGGAAGCAGUGCCAGCAGUACAUACUUCAGUAGCAGUGACUACACUUCUGAAAUCUCUGAAAACGGACCGAGGUCCCAGGAUAGACAGAGAGACGAAGCCUUUCUCGGGGCGGCUGAGGAGUCCAUCUGGAGAAUGAUAGAACGGACGCCAGAGUGUGUCCUUAUGACAUACCAGGUGCCGGAGAGGGGCAGAGCCGAGGUGCUGAGGCAAGACCUGGAGAGGCUUCACAGCAUGGAGCAGCAGCAGCCCCUGUUCUCUCCUGCGCAGAGGGAGGAGCUGGCCCAGGUGCACCCCUGGGUCCACAGCCACACUGCCCCUCAGGAAAGACACCUCCAAAGCUGUGUCGCCUGUGAAGACAGAGGUUCAGUCAGCACCACUGCAGAGGUCUGCGAACAGCAGCCAGCAGAAGACACCAGUUGAGCAGCUGUGAAGAUGUCACACCCUCUCCAGGCCAUGUAGGACACAGAGCUGUGUGUUCCCUCACCACAGUCUGACUCUUAAAUGGCGGUCAUUGACAUUACGAUCUUCCCUAGCUUUUGUCCUGGUUUGGUUUCGGUGGCACUGGGGAUCAGACCCAGGGCCUCACCUCUGCUGGGCUGCCCACCCUCCACUGCUGCCCUGUAUCCACAGCCCUCCCUUCUUGGUUUUCUAUAGAUGACGUUUUCCCAAAGCAGGAGUAUACGUAGGCCCUUGCUCCUGAUACUAAAACUGCCAACGAGAAGCCUUCCCUAGCUCAGCUGUCACCUGAAGACGUUGGAUUGUGUCUGACAGCGUGAUCUCAGAAGUCACCCUGAGUAAGUUACACUUGGAAUGAGUCCCAGGCCUUAGUCUCCUUUGGUUUUUUAUGUUGUUACAAGAUCAUUUUCCCACUAGAGUACUUGAAGAACCUCUGUCUAUAGGUUGUGUUUCUCACAGGGUUCUCCGUGAACUGACCACAUUGGUCUAGGUUUUGUACAGCGUGGUGCUUCUCUUCCUGAUUGUAAAACAUUCCAGCUUUCUUGAAAACAGUCCCUAGGAACCAUGUGGAUCGCACCACGGUUGCGGUUGUUUGACCCCAUUCUCGUCCAUGCACUUCCUGUGGUGGCCACUCUCAUGGGAGCUCUUUCCUUAAGAUCUGUCAGCUGGACAGGACUCUCACUCUUUAGACAGCCUUGCAUGUUAAAAAAGCCUCUUACCGAAACAAUAGUGUUUUUAAAGCUGUUGUGGGGUUUUGUUUUUUUUUUUUUUUUGGCUAUAAGAUAAAUGUGCAAAGUUUUGAAUAUUAUGUUCCUGUUAUCACGGAGGUGUGUGUGCCCGGGCACACCAACACACAGUUAACCUUUCCUUUUUACCACAUUGCAGAGGUCUCCGUGACGACCAGUGGUCUGAUUGGCCCUGCUGUUUGUUUGCCCUUGAACAGGGGUAAUGUUUGGGGCCUGCAGAGGGAGAGACUACACUUAGGGGAGCUCGGGGACCCCAGCUCGGUGACAGUGACAGCAGCGUCCCACGAGUCUGUGCUCUCCAGGCAGUUUCCUUCUCAGAAGGGAGUGCGGUUGUUUACGUGUUUGUCCGCUCACUGUCUGGUGCUCUGGUUUAGGGAAGCCCACAGUUCCCUUGAACGCGGAUGGCUGUGGAAUCCGUCCGUGCAGGUCAGGAAGGAAGUGACGGACGGGCAGGAGGUUUACAGUGGCCUUUUCCGCUUCACUUCCUGUAGUCCAAUGUCCUUUUCUUUCUUUUUUUUUUCUUUUGUUGUUGUUUUUGUUUUGUUUUAGGAAAAUGCUUUGUUCUCCUCUGACCAUUUAUAGCUGUUGAUAUCUGACCAUUUAUAGCUGUUGAUAACUGUAUUGUCAUUGUGGUCAGGAGACUGUCAUACCUGUACCCAGCGCUCCAACUCUGUGGCCGAGACUUCUUGUCUAAAGUACUGCUUUUUCCAGAUGGCAGUCCUAUUGGGAGGUGUCAGAAGCGUUUUAAGAUGCUGCCUAUGAGGUUUCUUGGAACUUUCUGGUCUUGAGCAAUUCCAGACACGUGCUCCUGCUGUGUGGCUAGAGAGACUUCUCAGAACCUACUCCAUCCUGGUAGUUAAGUGGGUUUGAAGGCCUGCGUUAGUCAGGCCGGCCUUCUCCAGUGAAGGGUUGUGUUUGUUUGGAGCUGCCAGGAUCCUUCUGCGUUUGUGUACAUGCAGCAGACCUGAUGGUUUCCAGUGAGAGGCCCUUUCCUGUCGGUUCCCGAUCCCUGUUUUCUCUGCAAUCCCUUAUUUCCUUGCCUUUGUCCACACCUUACAGAGUCUGUAUUGUGCCAGGCUUGAUUUGAAAAUGGUGCUGUAGUCAGGUCUGUAAAGUCCUUUACCAAGUCUCACCUCUGCUAGGAAGCCAUCGGUCCACCGGCAGUUCCCGCCACCAAGGGCCACUCCGGCAGAGCCUGCUACCCCCCAUGGGGGCCACACCCAGUGGAAACUCAAGCUCACUGGCUUUCGUAUUAAUAACUAGCGAAUUGGUAAGAAAAGUGUGUAUUGUAGACUUGAACAUUUACAUAAAUAUUUUCCCCAAAGCUUUAUUUUCUUGGGUCAGAGGUCAAAAUUCAUGAGAAUAAGAUGCUGUGUAAAUAAAUGGAUUAAGUGAGAUAUUAUAACUCACAAGGUCACAAAUUUUAACCAAAUUGGCAGUUUGUUCAUAAUUAACUGUGAAUUUGCUGGUACCUAAUGGCUGUCCAUCUUUCCAUUGGGCGUCUUUUUGAGUAAAAACAAUAAAUGGUGUACGUGUUCGAGUGGUCUUUAUUGUGUAAUCAAGCCUCACGCACACUUGGUGCCAGCCAGAGCGGCUCACUCACUGCAGCCCCUGGAGGUCCCGUGCCAGGCCCACAUC